UAGUGGGUGUGGUGUAAAGACUAUCACCUGCUACAUGUAGGCUAUAUUGGUGAAGAGGUAGUGCAGCUUUUUACACAAAGCAGCGUAACUGUAGUGGGACACACAGGCCAUUCUGUCUGGUGUCCUGCAAUAAACUUCAGCCAGUAGAACCCGAGGGGGCGCGGUAAGCAGCACGUUAUCAGACAGAGAGCAUGAAGAUGGACUUUAAAUACUUGAAGGAGUACCUUGGCUGGCUGUACUACCAGUACCUGCUCAUCACAGGCAUAUAUGUGCUUGAGCCCUGGGAGCAGUCUAUCUUCAACUCUGUCUUCUUCUCCUCCGUGGCCAUGGUCAUCUACACCUCCUAUGCCUUCGUGCCUGUACAUGUGCGCCUGGCACUCAAGUUCUUCUCCGGGAUCUGUGGGGAACAGCCUGAGAGCACCAUGGCACUCAUAAACUAAGCAGUGGAUGGAUGGGAUGGAUGGCAGGAAGGAGAUUGGGAAUGAGAAGGGAGGACUCCCUAUCUAAGAUCUUGACAUUUGACCUUGACCUCACUUGACUUGAUGACCGUCUGACCUCUCAGUUCUCUCACCACCCUUUCACCAUACAGUUACCCACUACUCCCACAAUCCACAAUACUCUACUACCUACUCAGCAAAGGAAGGCUGAGUUUAGGAUGAUUCUGUGAAAUAUUCUAGGAGAAUACCUCCCUUUAUCCCCCCCUCUUACCCCUGGUAUUAUACUAUACAUCAUUGUAUGCUACUUUCACACCUUUGCUGUGAAACGCCUUUUUUUUUCCAGAAAUAUGAAAUGUGGUUUGUUAUUUUUUAUUCUUCUCACUCUGGAAUAGUGUGAGUGCAUAUCACAUCUCUGUGUUUUACAUUUGCCUGCAGGUAAUGCCACUUAUCUCUCUGACUGUUGACAGCUGUCUGAUAUAGGGUGAGACAUUACUGAUCACAAUACAUUUACAUGCACUUAAACCCACUGGACAAUGCUAAUGAUGACCAUUGACUGCACUCCAAUUACUGAGUCAUAAAGCAAAUCUUUCCCUAGACCAGUCUCCUGCUAUACAAUUUAUUCAGAGACAUUGAGACCAGGCAAAUAUCACAAGGUUUUAAAAUGUUCCUCCCAACCCUAAAUAUGUCUGAUGAUUUGUCAAUGCAUACAUUGAUCAAACUGAACAAUCAUAUCCUUGUGUGCACAGCCCUGUCCCCCAUCUGCAGUGUUUUUACUGUUGCUAUGCUUGGCAAGAGGAAAUGUUAGCUCUCUGGUUCAGGCUUUGCUUUGUCAUUGACUUAAGGACUUUCUGAUUUAGUCUGUAUAUGAUUUGUAACUAGAUUUAUAUUGAUAUUUUUAUGUACUGGUAAAGCUUGGCUGGUUACAAUGUAAAUUACGAAAACAGUUUAUUUUCUCUUGUGACUAUGUACAGUGCAUUCAGGAAGUAUUCAGACCCCUAAACUUUUUCCACAUUUUGUUACUUUACUUUAC